UGGAAAGACAUCUUUAAUGGCUAGCGCAUCCGUAGUCUGUCCUUUGGUCAAGCCAAACCGUACAACCUUCUUAAAUACAAGAGAACGAGUAAUUGGUGAACCGGGAGCAGAAUGGGCCCCCGAGUUGACCAAUUACCAGACGGAUUUUACCGCCAAAACAAUCUUACUACGACACAAACGACCAACGUCAAGCAACAGGAAGAAUAAGCCACACCCGAAACAUGUUGCACAUCUUCGGAGGUUGACAAAUGAGCCCGUCUGCACUGUCAAGACGAUCAUCAACCAGGUCGAUCCUACGACGUCGAGAUCAUGCUGGAUGCAGUCGUUGAUGAAAGCCCAGUUUAAACUCCCGCCCACCACGCCCGAUCGGACCACGAGAUUUGGGUGUAACAAGAACAAGCACCUUGCCGCCUCAGGCAUCGUGCCAACCCACGCGAAGAGCUCAGACAAGAAAGAGGAGCCCCUUCUACCAGCAUGUGCAAAGAAAACAACUAUGAUGACGACUUCAUCUCCGUUUCAAUAUGUCCCAAGAAAACGGAAAAUAAUCCCUAAAAUCCUGGAUGAGAGUAUUGGUAUUCUUCGGCAACCCUUACCCGAUAAGAUCCCUCUCGGGAAACCACGCCGAUGGAAGACAUCGAAGAGACUGGUCGAGAGCGCGCCAGCUACGACGCUUCAGGUCUCCAAUUUUGAUGGUGGAGCGCCUCCAGACUACUCCAAGUCCAUCACCGGACGCAAGCUAUGCUGGUAUCCGGCAAUAGAGGGCGGAAUCCUUCAAUUACCCGGAUACAUGAGACAUUUCUAGUCAUACAACCAAGUGGUGGAUUUAGGAUGGGGUGCGAGGGAUGCCCAUCCCACCCCCCUUUUUUUUAGGAAUCACCUAUUGAACAUUUACAUUAACAUAGACAAAUUUAAGGGGGUAAAAAUGUCAUUUGCAACCCCUCUAUUUUCAAAUUUCCUCUUUGCAGUUAACACCCCCUUAAUUUCAAAAUCUUUGAUCUGCCUCUAGUAUAGGCAUGAAAAUAACAUUUGAAGGAACAUGAUUCCUCGAGCUCACUUUCUUCUAGAGUUAGCAGGGGGCAUUGCAGAGUUUCAAGGAAUGAAAUCUCUCCAUUGUAGAUUUGGAUCUGUUUUAAAGACCAAUCAAGGAGCGAUGUAUAUUGAAGUAGGCAUCGCUUCAAUACGUACAUACUGUAUAUCAGCAGUUGAGUGAAGUUAAAUCAAUCUUACAUCUCAGUUAAUUAUGGGGACCUAAUACAUCCAUUAAUCAUAAUUUUUGAUACAUUUCAUUAGUCAGUGAAAAGAGAAUGAUUAGCUGUAGGGAAGAUAACAAAUUCAUCUUCAGAGAUGAAAGCCAUUCACUAGUUCAGUGAAUAUAAGAGAAAGUAAAUGAUGUAUUAAUUGAAACCACAAAGUGUUCAGAUCAUUGCCUUGAAUUUUACUAACUACGAGGCUACGUGAAAUUACACACAAACGAAAACAGCUUGGCUACCAUGUUAUUUUCUGUUAUAAAAGAACCAUUUUAUUAAUUUUCUCUUCUUUCAAUGGUUCUUAUUAAACAGAAAAACCAGAGAAAUAAAGAUUAUUAUUCCAAUCAUGAAUAAUACAAUUUAGAACAAAUUCUCAUACUUGGUCUCCUCUUUCCCCGUCAUCAAAUAUACCAAGGUCCCGUUUCACAAAACUUUUUUAUCAAUAACAAAUUUGUUCUCCACCACUCAAAUUGAUGGAUUUCGGUAGUUUAUAACAGUACCAUGUAACUUAACAGUGAGAAGAAGUUUCAUGAAACGGGAUCCUGAAUUUACAUACACGUAUGCAUCUCCAUCAUAUUUCAUAACAUACAAUUAUUUUUCUCAUGGCAACCCAUAUUGCUUGAGAACAAUUAGAAUGAUAUAAGUGUCUUCAUAUAAAAACAAUAAAUGAAAAAAGAAUAAGUAUCACAGCUAAAUGUCUGUGUACAAUAUAUUUGGAAAGUUCUUUGAGAAAAGAAAUAUCAACAUUUCUUUCUUUACUCUUUUGACGUUUCUGCUAAUGGUCUGUAACAAAGCAAUCUUCUAGUGAACAAUGUUUUACUUCAACUCUAUUCAGGAAAUCUAUCUUAAAAUCAAGAUGGCAGCGAGUAACAUACCAACAAUGCUUCUAGUUGUCAUUCAAGCCUUUCAAUAUGUUUCCCCUUGGUCUUUGGUCAUAUCGAAUUUAUAAUCAAAGUUCAAAUCACAUAUGGAAAGCUGAACAACAAAAAUAAUACAAUUUAUUUGCAACCCACGAAUCAGUACUGUUUAAAAGGAAAUUAUUCAAGAAUCAGGGCUACAAUAAAGUUUUCUUCAAGAAUUGUGUGUUGUCAAAGAAAUUAUUAUGUCAAAA